AUGGGUGACGCUACCAUCGAGGGUUCCAAGUGGCGACUGGUCGAGGUCGGCCGCGUUGUCCUUAUCCAGGGCAACGGCCCCUACGCCGGCCGCCUCGCGACUAUUGUCGAGAUCAUCGACCACAAGCGCGCUCUGGUCGACGGUCCCUCCUCAGACGCUCAGCUCGCCGUCCCCCGCCAACCCAUCUCUCUCUCCAACGCCCUCCUCUCCUCGCUCGUCGUUGAGAACCUGCCCCGCGGCGCCCGCACCAGCACCGUCAAGAAGUUCUGGGAGAAGUCCGAGAUCGACAAGAAGUGGAAGGAGACCAACUGGUUCAAGCGCAGCACCCAGAUCGAGCGGAGAAAGAACCUCACCGACUUCGACCGCUUCAAGGUCCUGCGCCUCAAGAAGCAGCGCCGCUUCGAGCAGCGCAAGGAGCUCGCCAAGGUCAAGGCCGCCGCGUAA